UAAAUAAAGGAAAGAAAAAAAAAAACAAAAAAACAAGCUCGUAUGUAUCACGAAUGUGUUUUGCAUUAUAUACAUAUAUAAAAUAAAAGUCGUAUAAACUCGUAUGUGCUCGUAUGGGAGCAUGAUUCACGAUGCAGUUAUGCAUUAUACCUGAUUGUCACAACUGAUCGCAUCUUACAUUGAGAGAAAAAAAAAAGAGAAAAACAAGUCAAGUCGUCAAUUAAAAAUUGUUUAUUUACCACAAUUGAUAAAUCACAGCAGUUUUAUAAUGAGUUACAAGCUCGAGCUUUUUAAAAUAAAUAACACAAGACAAAUUAAAACAAGUGACAACUUCUCAUUUGUUUAAAUAUAUAUUUUGUUAAUUUAAAAUCUUAUUCUUCGCUUAACGUCAUCAUCAUCAUCAGUAUUAUUAUUAUUAUUGUUAUUAUUAUUAUUAUUAUUAUUAUCAUAUAAAUAAUAAUAGUAAUUACUAUUAUUGUAUAAAUUUUAAAUCCUAAAAUCUCAAAGCUAAAUAUUUUACGAUGGCUGAAGAACAAUUCUCCCUGGUAUGGAAUAGCUUCCCGUCAAAUUUAUCAUCAGGAUUGUAUUCAUUGCUGACAGAUGAACAUCUAGUUGAUGUCACUCUGGCUGCUGAGGGAAAAAUAUUCCAUGCACACAAAUUAAUACUGUCUGUUUGUAGUUCCUACUUCAGAGAUUUAUUCAAGGGAAACACAUGCAAACAUCCUAUAGUUAUUUUAAAAGAUGUUAACUCACGUGAUUUGUCAGCGAUGCUGCACUUUAUGUAUCAAGGAGAAGUCAGCAUCAAGCAAGAAGACAUUAACAAUUUUCUCAAAGUAGCUGAGACUUUACAAAUAAAAGGAUUAACUAAAGAUAAAGCAGAAAAAGACAGAGCAGACGAUUUAAGCACGCGGAUGGAGAGUGAUAUGAAAUCAGAAAUUAUAGAUGAUGACUUCGACGUGUCCGUUGAAUCUGCUGAUCAAUUCAACGCACAUGAACACGAGAAUACUCAGUCAACUGAAAGAAUCACGUCUCCAAGCCCGACAUUCAGAGAUGACGAUAAUUACAAACAAGAAUCUGCUGGCGAGUCUCCGGUAGCUUCUGCAGGAACAGAAGAUUUACCCGAAAAUUUAAGUGACAGUCCAGCAAAGCCGCUUGACUUCACUUCGGAGACGCGAAAAAAUUUAAAACCCAGUGACGGAGUUCUGGACUACACUUACGCAGUCGGUUGUUCAACUUCUGCUGCUGCUGUCAGUGAAGACAAAGUACCAGUACCUGGUUCAGAUGCUUCUUAUCCAGAUUACUAUGAGGAACCACCAGGAGUGACUGAUGACAACGUCAGCCAAAAAGAUCCAGGACUCGAGUCUUCCAAUCAAGCGAAGUCACCAAAAGGCCGGCGCACAGUCAGAGGAAUUCCUCACAGUACUUUACCUCUGGAAACGACAUUGCGUGUUGUUUCAGAAUUAGGACCAACAUUACGUGUCGAGAGAGGGAAAGUCGUUCGCAUGUUCUCGUGCCCAUGGUGUUUAAGACAUUUUACACGUAAAGAAAAUUUAAAGCUUCAUGUUCGUUACAUACACGGCCCACUUGAGAGUCUCACCUGCAAAUUGUGUGGCAAUAAAUAUAAAAAUAGUAAUAGUCUUCGUGUUCACUCUUAUCUUUAUCACAAUACAAAAAGAAAUCAGCACAAUAAGCCAUCGCUUGUCACGAGUAAUGUUUGAAUAUUUUGUUUUAACCACCGUUGUAUUAUCACUUUUAUUUAUAAUGCUGUUAUUAUUUCAUAUUUUUAUCAAUCUUCUCUCGAAAAAUGAGCGCUUGGAAUUUCGCUCUGGCGGAUACUGUUUGGUGAUAAAAAAAUUAACAGUAACUGUAUAUAUUAUAUAUUUAUGUGACUUAAAG